CCCAGUUGUCUGGACACGCCUCCUCGCACCGGCGUCCGCCCGACCGGGCUGCAGUCUCUGCUGGCGGUCCAGCCACUGAGCAGAACAGCGGGAGCUGGAGUCCUCCGCGGCUGUCGUGUCCCUGGUGAACCGCAUCACAGCCAAACCACAUCAUUCUCCUUCGCUCUUUUAAUGUAGCGGAGAAAAACCAAACAAAACGUCAAACGCUCCUGAAGCAGGCGGAACCCACCAGAAUCUAGCGGGCGAAUGCUGGUUUGUUCGGGACCACCGCAGAUUUCUGCUGGUACCUGUCCGAUGCCGUCUCCCCCCACAGUGUGAUGUGCCAUGGCUCCGGCGCUGAGCAGUGUGUGGUGGGGACCGGAGGCGGGCGUGGUGGGCUCGCGGGCGGCAGCUGACGCCAGCGCGACUGCGGUGUUGGGGAACGAACAUCUGCUCCUGGUCGUCACCCUCAGCAUCCUCACUGCGGUGCUGCUGGGCUCUCUGCUGGUGCUCCUCUGUGCCAGCUGCCAGGGGCAGAAAAAAGCAGCAAACACCCAUGUGUUAGGAGACCAUGAGAACCUCAUGAAUGGACUGUCGGAGAGAGAGACGGCCAGCCAAUCAGCAGACAGUCCUCAGACUGACGGGGCAGUCAGCACCUCGCACAACGGUCCUCUCACCAGCGGUACAAUCCUCACAGAGACACAGGACACCAGUCCCCAGCUGUCUGAGGAGAUGCUCUCCAGCCAAUCAGAGCUCAGGUCCUCCAAGUGUCCUCAGGACCGAGAGCUUCCCAGCAUCCCUCCCAGUAACGCCCUUAUAGGGGAGCAACCCCCAGCAUCAGGGGACAGCCCUUAUGAGGUGGUAAAGGAGAUGGUGGCUGGCUCACGCGACGUCACCACUGAGGACUCACUGUAUGAGACUGUUAAAGAACUGAAGGACCCGCAUGUGCAGCCUCACCCUUCUAAUGGUACCGCCACUCAGCCGAGCCCCGAAGAAGCCCCCCCUCCCGCUCCUCUCCUCAACGGCCAUGCCAGCCCCGGCACGCCUGAGCGCGGGCCGCUGUGUGACAGGGUGGAGUACGCCUCCGUGGACCUGAAUAAGAAGAGCCGCCACAGCGCCGACAUGGAGGCCAAGAGGCGCUCCGAUCAGGCCGCCGCUCCCUCCCGCGAAGCACCAGAAGAGCUACCGCCACCUGUACCAGAGAAGGUUCUGGACGAAAAUGACAACCAGCCGGUGGUUACAAACGGGGCGGGAGGUGCCGGGAUCCAAAACGGGGAGUUACACUCCCCUCUGUCUCCAGGCUUCAGCAACCACAUUCUGUCAGACAAUGAGUCAGCUCUGUACUCUACGGUCAACAAAACAAACUGUGACAGUACUGUUAGUGAGGACGACAAGGAGCACGACUACAGCAGCAUCGCGGAGAUCAAGGGUAUGGUCACGGCCUCGUCCUCCAGUGACCUCUACGCCACUGUCCAAGACUUCGACACGCCGCCUGACGAAACCACGCAGGGCCACGACCCCGUUGUUGAGUACAUGUAUCAUGGCUACGAGACCAUCCACAUCCCAAAGUCAGCCAGCGCGGAGGCAGGAGGAGAUGCAGCCAGAGCUGAACCUGACUACGAGAGCGUGGCGGAGCUGGGACUCUUUCCUGAAAUGUCCCGCCUUUGAGUCCGCUGUGGAAGGAGAAUUUGCCUCAGGACACCAAAAGAAUCAGCUCUUUCCAGCUUCAAAUAUCAAGGACUUAAGUCCUCACUGCAGCUUGGGUACAGUUAAUCACAUCCUAACCUCUUUCAUUUAUUUCUCGGGGUAAAUAUCCGUGGUACUAGUCGGCCUUAACAUCAUUAUGAAUUGAGAAGAAAGCAACACUUUUAGCUUGACUCGGUGCCAUAUUUAAGCACUUAUUUGUAUGUGAAGGUUAAAUCCUCCACUGCAGCUUAGCCUCCUCAAUGGUUUCUACAUGGUUCCUUUUUCUUUGAGUUCCUCUAACUUCCCAGAACUUGUUCCUUGGGAUUUAAAAAAACAAACAAAAAAUAAAUCCAUGCUUGAUCAUGACAGGAUAAACCCCUGCAGAAAUAAACGCAAACAUAAAAUGCACAGAAUUUUUAACACCAAACAGUUUUAAAUGAUUUUUAAAACUUUCGAAGUUCAUUUGUAAUUCAUAUUUAUUUAAAAGUGUUUUAGUAUAAUAUAAUCAUAAAGCUAAAUGUGUUUGUGUGAGAAGUUUAGAUAGUUUUUAUAGGAGUUUGAUAAUAGGAUUCAAACUGAAAGGGAGUUGCGACGUUACUGACUGUUGGGUACUAUUUAAGAAGUUCAUGUUUAAAGACAAAAAGAAAAGAUUUUUAUGGUUUGCACACAAGCUGAAGUACUUAAAUUACUUAUUAGGUUACUGUCUUGGUCUUAUUCUUGGUACAAAAACUGUCUUCGCUGGCAUUAAAGCACAAAUUCAAGGUACUGGACGCUUUAUGAAAACUACAAUCCAGUUACAUUCCUGCUCAGUUUUAACAUAUUAAACUAAAUCCAUCUUUUUGUAGCUUGGACUGAUGACAUGCCGGUUGUAUAUAGUUAAAAGCACUAUUUUAACCAACUGUUUCUCGCUGGAUAUUUGAUGUUAACCUUUUAUCGUUCCAAAAUGGUAUCAUUUUAAGAAUAAAUGUAUGAAGUGCACUGAUGUAUGUCGAACUGUAGGAAAUCUUAUUUUUUUAUUUUAUUUUUUUUCCAUUGUGACUCUAUCUAGUUACCAAUCCAAUGUCGGACGUGGUACACUUCUUAUGGUACAAAAAUGCUAAAAAGUGUGGUACUAAAAGCUAAACUGAUGCUUCAAUAAUGUCUAUCGGUGUUUAAUAUGAAGUUAACAGCCUGUGAACUUUGCUGUAAAUGCUUUGCUGUCAUAAUGUCAUAUUCCAGCCACCUUAAAAUGCUGCAUUUUAUUAUUAUUAUUAUUAAUAUUUUGAAUUUCAGUUUAAGUUUUAUUUGACAUGUUUUGUUUGCUGGUUAAGCCCAGUCUGGAUUCAAAAAUGCUUUAAAACAAACAAACAAACAUGUCCCUGUGGUGAUGAAGAAUUUAAAAUCCACUCAUGUAUGAAGAGGAGAAUCACAUAAAUAAUGCAUCAUUUUGUAUCCAUAUAUUGACGUGGCUAAUUGGACAUGAGAUUUAUGUUUGAUCAGAAAAAUGCCAUAAAGAAUCUCUAAGGAAAUGCAAAAGGAGAGGCUUUAGUGCCAAAUCUAAUCACCACACACCGACCUUUGUUAAUAGACACUUACCUAAAACCACUUAAGCUCUCUAGCUGUGUAUGUUGGCCAUUUAAACCCAUGCACUCCUCUUAAGGAAGGGGCUGUGAUUGAGGGCUGCAGAAGCCCCCCUCAGUGGCUUCUCCCUCAGCGCUACUUCUCCCCUAAUGAGACCGUUUGUCCCACCAACAACCAGACAAUGCGAAGCGUUCACUCGCCUUUGAUCGAAGGGCAAAGCCUGUUUUGGCAGUUAUGAGCACAUCUGUCACUCCACUGUGUCCAGUUUCCUUUCUGUGCAUGUAAAUAUUUUAUGACGUGAUUUGUUUGAUUCAAAUCUAAAUAAAAAGAAAGUGUCUCAUGUUGGCUUGCUAUUUCAAGUAAGUGUUUUACGUUGCUCAGGAUUAAAAUCAUAUGGCCUUUAUUUUUCCUUCAUUAGCAAGUUUUUGAAACUAUUUUAAACACUUUCCCAGUGGUCUUUUAAUUAUGAUUAUGCCAUUUUUAGCCAAAAUAAUAUUUUUUAAAAAGUUAGCAUCAAAGUAAUGAUGUAUCCUUAAAAUGAGGUUAUGUGUACAUAUGGAGUAGUCAACAAUAUAAAAAAUAAUGGAAAGAAUGUUUUAAAAAAGAAGCUAAGGAACAUUUAAAAAAAGUUUACUCCAGCAUUAAAUUGGUCAAAGGGUCAUUGGGUAUUUGGCUUGUAAAAGCAGUUAGAAUAUCUGGGGGAAACUGGGUGUACUGAGAGUUUAAAUGUACUCCGAGCUCCUAAAAUUCUAAAUAAACUAUGCUAUCCUCAUAUCAA